AUGUCUGAAGCUCCUUCCACCACCGAGGCAGACAAGCUCGCACCGCCACCCAAGCCCAAUCGUAGUAGCUCGUCUGCUUCAAACCACAGUAACAACUCUUCACGACGUGGCCAUCGCUCCCCGGGCUCUUCGUCCUCGGUAUCUCGCUCAAACUCUCACUCGUCUCAAGGCAACACCUCGUCCGCCCCCAGAAAGGGCGGCAAUACUACAACCAUAAGCGGCGGCACAUCGUUAGGCGGAGGGGCCAAGUCCGGCGGCGAGCACAAGCGCACCCGUACCAAGGGUGGUGCAGCGGCCGACGCCGGAUCGCGCUCUCUCUCGCGACGCUCGUCGACAAAGCAAGGUCCCCAGCGCCCCUCGAGUUCUGCUGCAGACGCGUCGGUGGCAGACAAACUGGAGCGCGCGGUGACCCCCAGCGACCAGCCAAAGGUACUCUCCCUCCACGCUGCGACGAGCCCACCCGUCGACGCCAUGGAGGCUGCUGUGACCGCCGCCACCAAGAAGCAUCACGAGACCCACGGCCAGGACGCUCUCAGCAGCCUCCAGCGCAUGAUCUCCGACCUCAAGGCCAUCUCGCCGUCCAACUCGAACCCCAGUUCUCGCCAGGUUAGCGGCAAGAUGACCGAGUCGCCACAGUCGCCGGUUUCUGGGUCUGCCGCGCCCGUUGCGAUCCCCGGUGCGAGUUCGCCGACGGCGACGACCUCGACCAAGCUCAAGGCAGACGCCCCGAGCUUUACGCCCGGAUCCUUCCGCGCGGGUCAGUCACCUACCGCGCCGACAUCGCAGCCUCCCCCGCAGGCACGGUCUGGGGGCGGCAACUCGAAUCGCCGCGGGCAGUCAGUAUCGUAUGGCUUCAACCAGAGUUUCGCGGCCCCCGCCUUCCCAGGCGGCAUUCCUCACUUCCCUGGCGCCGACGUCCAGCCUGGUCAGAGCGUCGACUUCUCCCAGUUCAGCCAACACAACGAUGUGUUCCAACAGCAGCAGGCACUCCUUGCCGCGCAGCAGCUUCAGCUUCAGCUGCUGCAAGCGCAGCUCAUGCAGCAGCAGAUGACUGGCCAGCAGCAGCGGGACGCGGGCUUCAUUGCUCCUCGGUUCCAGGCGCUCGCUGCGCAGCGUGCGGCCCUCCAGCAACAGCAGCAGCAGCAGCAGUCGGUCCACAUGGCUGAGGCGCAGCGCAUGUUCGAGCUGCAGCAGCAGCAGCAGAUGCUUCUGGCACAGCAGCAGCCCAUCCCCGAGACUGCGCCUGUCUUCGAUGAGGAGUCCCCGGAGCAUUCCCCAACCGCCGUUGGCCCAACCGGCCGUCCUCAGCUCAACCCCAACUUCACAUUUGGCAAGAGGCGGGAGAGCUCGUCGGAUAAGCCGUUAGUUGUCGUUGACCGGAGUGCUGGAGUGGGAGGGGCCGCGGCAACGGGGUUGGCUGGCCUUGCCGCUCGCGCUCACAAGCGCAGUGGGAGCGACAUGAACCAGCAGGACACUGAGCAGGUGAGCCACUUAGGCGCAUCGUUGGCUGACGAACAGGUCGAGCUUCAGCGCCAGAUCGAGGCUCUACAGGCCAAGCAGAAGGAGCUGUUGACCCGCGGUGGUUCGGUCACCAAGCCCAACUUGGAUGCUCUCAAGGGCCAGGCUACCGCGCGUCACCGUCGCACCCAGUCGCAGGUGUCCUCAACUUCGCCAACGGCGGAGAUGCAGCAGUUCAUGCUGCCUCCGGGGGAAGAAGGCGACAAGCUCGGUCGGUCGUUCCAGGACACGCACCGUUCUCUCGCUGCUGCUCCUUCCGCCCCACACAAUCGCCGCCACAGUAUGAACGUCCUCGCUAAGGGCUCCGGUGGAGGAAUGGGCUUUGGCGACUAUGUCGAGGACGGCGGCUCCAUCUCUAUCCCUCCUGGCGGAUUCCAGCACCAUCGCUCUGGUAGCCGGGGUGGCUUCGAGUCUGGCAACUGGCGUAUGAACGGCGGCGGCCCGAACGCUACCUCCGACCUCGCUUCUGCCCAGGCUCAGCUCGCCUCGCUUGCCCAGUUCCGCGCUGCUGCUGGCUCGGGCCACGCCAAGAUGGCGUCUUUCAGCUUCCCCAACAUGCUUCCAAACCUUCUCGCCGCGACUACGCUACAGAACCCUUCGGGCCAGAGUUCGCUCUGGCAGCAGCAGCAGGCGUUCCAGAUGCAGCUGCAGCAGAACCAGCAAGGCCCACAGCGCAAGUCAUUAUUCGCUCCGUAUCUUCCUCAAGCGUCGCUUCCGCCGCUGCUUAGCGCUGGAAAGCUUGUCGUCGGUAUCCUUCGUGUUAACAAGAAGAACCGCUCGGACGCGUAUGUCGCGACCGACGUUCUUGACGCCGACAUCUACAUUUGUGGCUCCAAGGACCGCAACCGCGCCCUCGAGGGUGACAUUGUCGCAGUCGAACUUCUCGACGUUGACGAGGUCUGGGGUACUAAGAAGGACAAGGAGGAGAAGAAGCGCAAGAAGGAGGAGAGCUACGACGUCAAGCCUGCAACGGCCAAAAGGCUCGAGAAGAAGAAGGACGACAUAGAGGUUGAGGGCCAGAGUCUCACUCUGUUCGACGACGAGGAGGUCAACGACGAGACCAAGCCAACCUACGCCGGCCACGUCGUCGCCGUUGUCGAGCGCAUGCCUGGCCAACUCUUCUCCGGCCAGCUUGGCGUUCUUCGUCCAUCGUCGGCGGCGACCAAGGAGAAGCAGGAGGCCGAGCGGCGUGAGCGUGAAGGCGACAGGCCUAGAGAGGAGAAGAAGGAGCCCGAGCCGCGCCCAAAAAUUGUCUGGUUCAAACCCACUGACAAGCGCGUGCCGCUCAUUGCCAUUCCCACAGAGCAGGCGCCGGCUGAUUUCAUCGAGAACCCCGAGGCGCAUGCCAACAAGCUGUUCGUCGCCACGAUCAAGCGCUGGCCGAUCACCUCACUCCACCCCUUUGGCACUCUGGUUGAGGAGCUCGGGCCCAUCGGCGACUCGGAGGUGGAGACGUCUGCCAUCCUCAAGGACUGCAACUUCCCCACUGAGGAGUUCAGUGACGUCGCCCUCAAGUGCCUUCCCCCUUUGCCUUGGACCAUCCCGGAGCGCGAGUUCGAGGUUCGUGUCGACCUCCGCGAGGACUGCGUGUUCACCAUCGACCCCGCCAACUCGCGCGACCUGGAUGACGCGCUCUCUAUCACGGCCAACGACGAUAACACUCACACCGUCGGUGUCCACAUCGCGGACGUUUCGUACUUCCUCAAGGCAAACACUGCCCUCGAUCGCGAUGCGCGUAAGCGUGCGGCGUCAGUGUACCUCGUCCAGCGCGCGGUGCCCAUGCUCCCUCCCCUUCUCUCUGAGCAGCUGUGCUCGCUAGUCCCAGACACGGAGCGUCUGGCCUUCUCCGCCUUCUUCGUUAUCGACAAGGACGGCAACGCCGUCGAGAAGUCGUACCGCCGUACGAUUAUCAAGUCGUCCGCGCGGCUGUCCUAUGCCGAUGCCGCGGGUGUCAUUGCUGGCGGCAAGCUCGACUCGAGCAAGGUCACCGGCAAGCACUCUGCCGACAAGGUUGCUGAGAACGUCCGCCUCCUCCACGACAUUGCUGGCAAACUUCGCAACAAGCGCAUCGAGGACGGUGCGAUGCUCUCGCAGAGAGCACGUCUCACGUUCUUGCUGGACAACGACGGCGAGCCUGUCGACGUCUCGGUGCAGGAGAAGAACGACGCCAACAUGGUGAUUGAGGAGUUCACCGUUCUCACCAACACCUCGAUCGCCGCAGUCAUUGCCAACGGCCUUGCCGAGCAGGCGCUGCUCAGACGCCAAGAGCCUCCCAACGACAGACGCUUGGGUGCUUUCGUGGAGCGCGCCAAGGUCCUCGGCUUCGACCUCGACCCCACGAACGCUGGUACUCUGCAGAAGUCGUUCAACAAGAUCACGGACAAGGAGGCUGUCUUCUGCCUCAGCCUCCUCGAGAAGAAGACGAUGCAGCCCGCACGCUACUUCUGCACGGGCAUGUUGGACAUUGCCAAGUACUCGCACUGGGCCCUCAACGCGCCGCUGUACACGCACUUCACGUCGCCCAUCCGCCGCUACGCCGAUGUGCUCGUUCACCGCAUGUUGGACGCUUGCCUGUCGAGCCAUUCGGCCAAUGACGUCAAGUUCUUAAUGGACCGCGACCAGGUGGCCAAGUGUGCGCAGCAGUGCAACAUGAAGCGCCAGAGCGCGCGCCUUGCUGAGGACCAGUCGGCGCACCUGCACCUGUGCAUCCUCGUCGGCAACCUCUCGGCGAAGUACGGCCCCGUCAUCCGCCACGCUCGCGUCACUGGGGUGUACGACCAGGCGUUCGACGUUGUCAUUCCCGAGUUCUCUCUCGAGAAGCGUGUUCAUCUUGACAAGCUUCCUCUCGAGAACAGUGUGUUUGACGAGCACACCAACGUCCUCUCGCUUUACUGGAAGUCGCAGGAUGUACUCUCGUUCCUCACACCGUCGGCCGACGACGAGCACCUGCUCAAGAUCAAGCAGCACACGGACAGCCGCGCGUCGGGUGCGUCUACGACGCGCACCACCGACACGACGGCUCUCUUCGACGACGGCAACCUCUCGUCGCAGGUGCAGAAGAGCAACAGCCGCGCACCGCUCAAGUUCGAGUGCCUGCGCAAGACGGACGCUGGCCACCGCAUCCAGGACAUCAAGGAGUUCAGCUCGAUUCCUGUCAUCGUGACCGCGGAUAUGUCCAAGAGCCCGCCCGUCCUGGUCGUGUAUGCCUGCAACCCCUAUGCGGCCUAG